AGAUUUUAGCCUGGAUUUCACAGACAGAAUCACAAAUACAUUUUUAGAAAAUUGACAUUAAUUUGGCAAAACGUAAAGCUAUCUGAAUAAUGCCCUUCCAAUAAGAAGCUAUUACAUGGGUAUGUCAAAAGAAAUUUGGCAAAGCUUCUCGUGAUUCCAUGCGACUUAUUAUUCGGGGAAAAAAACACGCCUGCGAACAACUAUGAGCAGAUCGGGUGUCAAGACGCUGUAGGUGUCUGGUUCAGAUUUAUGCCUUCUUCAGCUUUUUAUAGUGAUUUGAUACACCAGGAGUUAUUUGUCACGUCUCUGAAGCACCAAAAAUAUCGCCAGGUCUUCUGAAGGAGGGCUGAGUGCAGGGUUCAGUGGUGUCUCAACCUCUCCGUCAUGUCAACGUGCACACUGCUGCUGGUGUCUGAGGCAGGCUCCCUUCAGAUCGGUGAGCCCUCGCCACAGGUCUCUGAUUCCUGUGGACUCUCUGGAGUAAGCGAACCCACGGGGGAAUGUUUGGAGCGUUUCCGUUCUUCUCAACUUUGCAAAUGUUUCGGAAAAAGCAAGAUUUCUAAAUACCUGGAGUCCUCUGCCUUUUUUAUAAGCGAGCGCUCGGAAGGUAAAAUGCCCGCUGAAUUGUGCUUUGGUCAUUCGGAGGUCUCUAAACAAGGAGAUCUUAAAAAGGAAAGCCAGUCUUUGGAACAUGCCGCCGAACUCUUUUCAGACGGAGAAAUUCCUGUUUGCUCCCUAACCGAAUCCGAUGGAUUUUGCUUUGAAAAUAGUCAAACUAAUAGUGAAUUUUCAGAUCAGCAGGAUCAGUCCAGUUCGUCGGGAUACAGCUCUUUGUUGGACAGCUGCUCUGAGCACAGUGAGUGUUUUGGAGUAAACAGGGAUGCUGUUGACUUAGUUGAAGUAAACCAAACUGAGGAAUGUGAUCAAAGCGAGAUUUCUGAACGGGAUGCUGAACAAAUCACCUUGUCUGAGAUGAACCCCGAUAUUUGUGAGACGUUUCAAGAAUAUGAUGCAGAACAGUUAAGUCUAUCUGAGAUGAAUCCAGAUAUUUGUGAGUCUUUUCAAGAUAAUACAGAAAAGUUACAUGUAUCUUGCAUGAAUUCAGAGCUUAGCGAGUCUUUUCCAGAAGAUGAUGCAGAACAGUUAAAUUUGUCUGAGAUGAAUCCAGAUCUUUAUGAAUAUUAUCAAGAACAUGAUACAGAACAGUUAAAUUUAUCUGAGAUGGCUCCAAAUCUUGAUGACUAUUAUCAAGAAGAUGAUACAGAGCAGUUAAAUUUAUCUGAGAUGGAUCCAGAUCUUUAUGAAUAUUAUCAAGAUGAUGAUACAGAACAGUUAAGUUUAUCUGAGAUGAACCCAGAUAUUUGUGAAUCUUUCCAAGGUAAUUCGGAACAGUUUAAUUUAUCUGAGAUGAAUGCAGAUCUUUAUGAAUAUGAUCGAGAAGAUGAUACUGAACGGUCUGAUUUAUCAGAGACAAAUCCUGAUCUUUUGGAGUCCUCUCCAUUAGAUCUUUUAGAUCCUGAAAGCGUUAUAGAAUGUGACGCAGAAUAUCAAGAAUCCUCGGAGCUGUACGGUGUUUAUGAGGAGAGCGCCUCUGUCUUAUUUGAACAACGCAGCUUGUCUGAUCAAAACCUUGCAGUUGAACUAGAUUCUCAAGACCUUGACACGUAUAAACAAUGUAAGCCGGACAAUCAAAACAAGCCUGCUGAAUACCAUGUCAAACAUGUUGACUCCGCUGAUCUGUGUCAAGUCUCUAAAGAAAGCAAGCCAUCUGACCACUGUGUGUCCCCUGAGCAAACAAGGCUUUCUGGGCAAAUGGACACCGCUGAUGACAGAGCGACGCUGGACAGCCCGGUAGAGACGGAUGAUUGUAGCCGGACCUACCAUGUCCCAACUGAAGAUACUUCACAGCUGCGUAACCAACUUUUUAAACCCAACGAAUCCUCUGAAGACCAUGCUGCAUAUGUUAAGACUUUAGAACAAUGCACACGUUGUGGAACAUGCUUCAAAAAAUGUGACGAUCGUAAAAAAUGCAGUCCUGCAAUUCCUAGCGAGCGGUCCAAAGGCCCACUUCAAAGCAGACUUGCCGAGUCAUCAAGAACACAAUGCUCAGUCUUUCACAGCUCUGAACUACCCAAAGAAAACCAAAGCAACAGCUCCAAAGUUAAGAAAUCAUCCACGUGUGAUGCCAUGUUUUCUGGAUCGAUGGAAACCUUUGAAGCUCGCUGGCUUUCUCAGUUUCUAACUGAUCUUCUGAGACGCAAUCAAGAGUCAUUGAAUCAGUCUGGCGACGAUUCAAAAACCAAUGAAGUUGAUUCAGAUUUCAAUCCUGAAGUACAGGAUUUGGUGGACUGCAGAAAGUUAUGUGCAAAGUGUGCAGAAAAGGGGAGCUAUGCUCAUUUGGAUGGUGAUAAAGAGGAAACGUUUGUCCUCCAUACUAAUGUUCUCAUGUCUCUAGAUGCAGUGAUCAAAGCAGGUUCUUCAGAUGAAUCAAGCGAGGAGGAGUAUUCAGAUUGCAUUGACGGUAAAAGUCAAGACAGCUCUGAAACGGAUGAAUCGUUCAGAAGUUUUGCUGAUGAGUCAGAAUCAUUUGAAAUCUUCUCGCAUCAAGCAUGUGAUAAGGUAAACCUUCUUAGAGAGCCGUCUAUUCAUCAAGAGUACAUCGACGAGAGUGAUGAAACGACCUUUGACACAUAUACAAGGGAAGCGUUAGAUGUUUGCGAGGAAGCACUUGAGGUUGAUUCUGAGGAACAGGACGGGAACGUCACUGGACAGAAAGGCCAUAAGUCAUAUGCAGAAGCUCUUUCGGUCGGACUCCCCAUUGAUCCGGGUCACAGCCAUGAAUCUUGUGCUAAAGAUGAGGCCUGUGAAACCGAAGAUUACGAGCCUGAUUUUAUUGGUGAGAAUUCCACACUAUUUUCUGAUGAAGUCGAGGGCAGUGAAUCUUGCCACAUAAACGGAGAGCUUGUUGAACCCCUAGAUGAUAUUUGCAUAUCUAGUGUUUCACCCAUUGAAGAUUAUGGACUUCAAACCGUUGUUGAAAAUGCUUCUGAGAAUUUGUCCACAGAUUCCACACAUGAUGGAGAUGACGCUCUUGAAUUAUUUGAUACCGUCAAAACAGAAAUUGAGGACAGUCAGGAUUUAACUGAGCUUUUCAGAUUUGAAAAUGAGGUUGAAAAUGAAGAGACGUGCCAUGUCUUUGAAACCGAGGAUGCUCACGGACCUUGUUGUGGAGAGAUCGAAACUACUGAAGAUGAAGCAUCUCUGUUUGACUUUGAAGAUGUUGUGGCGUGUGCUAAGGAACACGAUAAAGAAAAAGAUACGAACUCUGUUGAACAAGAACCUCACGUAUCUUGUGCACUGGAAGAAGAGUCGAACAAAGAAACUGACGUUUGUGAGUUUUCCAUCUUGGUUGGUCAGCAAGAGUCUCGAGCCGAGACAGAAGACAUCUCUAAGCUUUCCACUGAAGCAGAUGGUCCAUCUGAGCAAAGCAAUCGAAAUAAAAAGCUUGAGCAACUUAUACAUCAAGUUGCAAGAAAUGAGGCACCUGAAGCUAGUGAGCAGGAGGUGAUCUAUAAAGAGUCUGACCAGAACACAACAUCAAGGGAGAACGAUUCGUCUGAAGACAGUGAAGUAACAGAUGAUGAAGAGUAUCCAGAGUUGUGUGACUGUGAAAUGUGUGUCCCGCCCAUAGAGCAGGUCCCAGCCAAACCACUUCUUCCCCAAAUAAAGUCUAAAGAUGUUGGAAAGAUCUGUGUGGUGAUUGAUCUGGAUGAAACACUAGUCCACAGUUCAUUCAAGCCAGUGAACAAUGCUGACUUUAUCAUUCCGGUGGAAAUUGAUGGAACAGUACAUCAGGUGUAUGUUUUGAAGAGACCUCACGUUGAUGAGUUUCUCAAACGAAUGGGAGAACUGUUCGAGUGCGUUUUAUUCACCGCCAGCUUAGCCAAGUAUGCUGACCCCGUCUCAGACCUACUGGACAAGUGGGGUGCUUUCCGAAGCCGUCUUUUCCGGGAGUCGUGCGUGUUCCACCGCGGAAAUUACGUUAAGGACCUAAGCCGUCUAGGCAGGGAUCUCAACAAAGUCAUCAUAGUGGACAACUCACCCGCCUCUUAUAUCUUCCACCCAGAUAAUGCUGUACCUGUAGCCUCCUGGUUUGACAACAUGUCAGACACAGAGCUGUUGGAUCUCAUCCCUUUCUUCGAGAGACUGAGUAAGGUGGAUAACGUCUACACUGUGCUCAAGCAGCAGAGGACUACUAGCUAGCAUGACACUAGAGGCAGCUGUCACUAUGGGGCCAGGGAGGCUGCUGGGCUCGGAGCACCAUGCUGCUUCCCCAAUCAGGACCAGCCAUUAGCUCAGUCCUCGUCACCUACCCAGAAUUCCAUUCACAGGAUGUUUGAUGGAGAAAACGAAGUGACAUGACAGAACUGUGAAGGAAUGCUUUAUCAAAUACACGCAUAGAAAAAGUUCAUUGAUUGUCGUACACUUUGAACGGGUGACUCUUAGGAAAGGUGUCUUGGUUAUAUUUCCCCCCAGAGUACAGAAGAAACGACAUUUAGCUUAAAUGCCCAUUAGUGCAAUCUUUAUAGUAAUCAUUCUGAGCACUAUAAAUCAAAAUUAAACAAUUUAUAAUUUAAAUUGUAAGGUAUUUAUAUGUAACGGUAGUAGUGGUUGUACUGCCUUUAAUUUAUGGUAGUUUUAAUGAAAUAAAAAAUUACUAUAUUACAGUAAUGACAGUUUAAUGACACAGCCGUGAAGAAAAAUAAAUGAAAAAAAACCCUGAAUUUUUUUAACAUUAAGAUCAAAAUGAAAAAAAAGGAAAUGGGCAAAAUGUUUUUCUUUGUGCCUGUGAGGUCAAAUGUAACCUGGGCAUGUUUUUAUGAGACUAACCCGAUUAUGUUCCAUUUUUGCAACUCUUUCAGUAUCAAGAUUGAGGGAAGCCCUGUUAUAAUGAAACAAGUUCAUUGUCCUCUUUGGUUGGUGAUUUGAGAAGAUCUGAUGCAAGAACAUGACUACAUUUCUUCCUCUUCUUGGGUUCAUGUUUUGAGCUAAACUUCCCUCAUUCCCCGCGUUUCAUGAGUUUACCUCCAGUGCUCAAGAAACACACAUGAAUGGCAAUCACAGAAUUCUAUGCUGUUUUUUAAUCUAACCGAAAUUCUUCAUUGGGCUUUGAGAAAUUAUUUUUCAAAAAUCGCGUUUACUUUUUCGUUCUCCAUUUUGAUUUCCUAAUCGGGCUCGAAAAGACCUGAUGAUACAAUCGAGCAGCGCAGGGUUCACAAAGCAACAGAUUUAAGGAAGGGAAAUUAGCCCUGUACCUUUUCUGUAUCGGCCUAAAUUUCACUUUUGAAAGUUAAGCUGAUGCACCGUUCGUUUUUGAUAUGCUAUUUUCAUCUAAUGAGAGGUCCUUCACCGUGGCCUUAAGAUUACUGUAGUAAAAUCUUGUCAGACAAUAUCAAAGUGGUCUUAUUUACAAAAUCAGUAUGUCUGAAACUGUAUAGUUUUAAAUUCAUAACAGUAUGCCAUUUGUGUGUUUAUAUUAAUCAAACAAGUAAAGAAUACUGGAAUCAAACCCUGAUCAUUCAGCUCAAGCAGAAAUGUGUCUUUUAAUGCCUUAACUCUCCAUUAGAUCACUAAGCUGUCAGAUGGGCAACCUGGUUCUUUGAGAAAGUGGCAUUGGGCAUAGGUGGGCAGCGCAGUGGUUUGGAAACCCCCUGUUAACGCGCAGUGGACGUGCCUUGAUAGUGAUGCCAUGUAAUAUGGAUGUAUUAGCUCAUGUGGAUCGUGUACUUGCUCAGCACUAUCAGAGUUGAUUUGUUUUGCAAGUGCCAAUGUUGAUGUUAUGAAAAGUAAUGGUGAUGUUUUUGUGUGUCCAGGAGAAUGCGGAAGAUGAUUUCGUGGUUUUUAAUACUGGUGUUUUGUCCAUUUUCAGUGUUUGCCGUUUUAAGUAGAUGUGGAGAUGACAAGACGUUUGGCAUCUUUCGAUACUUGUGAUAUUAAUGAAAAUAGUGCUGUGCCAUGGAGAGAGGAAACAUUUUGUUAUUCAUAAAAGGCUUAAAGAGCAGCUCGAUUGAUAUUUCAUUCUUGAAAAGCACAAUUUGUGUACUUGAAUCUCACCCUGUAUUCUAUUCUGGUAUUUUUUUCCAAUAGUAUUUGAAUGUACAGUAACAUGGUUUGUGUAUUAAGUUCUUUGGAUCAUAUUUUGGGCUAUUCUACAUUGUUAAACUACAUAAUUUUUUUAAACAUUCUUUAAAAAAACUCAAUUAAAUUUUAAAUGUAACAGAACAAAAUAUAAUAAUACAUUUAUCAGUCUUCCUUCAAAUCCACUUUUCUUUUUCCAAGAUAAAAAACAAAGCAAAAACCUAUUCCAGCAUAAUAUUUGUUUGCAUGCUACUCGGGUACAUCGUGUCUUUCAACAUAUCAAACUGAUGAUACAGUACAAGACGUGUUACUGAAUCGUAUGUCUGACUGGGUACAUUCUCCUGAAGUCUGGCUACUCAUCAAUCUCUGCACAACUUCUCACAGUUGCCUGCUUAUGCAACAGGACCAGCCCAGUCCCGUGUUUUUCUGAGUUUAUGUAAUAGUCUUGGUAGUGAUUGAUUCAAAUAAUAAGCCGUCUUUGCAAUAUUUUUGCCGAUUUGAGCUAGAAGCCACUUUUCCAUAAACACACUUGUUUAAACUUUUUAACCAAAAAUGUGAGUUUGACAAAUAUGAGAAC